UUGUGAAUGACAGCUUUUUCAGCCAGACUUUUAGAGGAUUCUGCAGCUAGAAGGCGUAGUUUUUGGUAAGCAGCCUGACGGUAAGGGGCGGGGCUCCGAAGGCCGGCGUGUGACGUCACCACGCAGUGGAGGAGGACGCCCCGGAGCAUGGGUCGGAAGCGGUGCGUGGGAGACUGUUCCAAGAUGGCGGCGGGCUGCUGCGGGGUCAAGAAGCAGAAACUCUCCAGCUCUCCGCCUUCUGGAUCAGGGGGUCCGGGCGGCCCGCACUGUAGUGGGGAGAGCCAGUGCCGCGGGGCCGAGCUGGGGCUAGGAGGCUCAGGAAGCGGGCCUGGGGGAAGCAGCCGAGUAAACGGCCUGGGCUGUAAUAAUAGCCUUUCCCCGGGCUGCGGGACUCUCUCCUCGGGCUGUGGCUCCAGCCUCAGCCCCGUCUCUCGGAAGAUGGUGGUGUGUGCAGAGAUGUGCUGCUUCUGCUUCGACGUUUUGUAUUGUCACCUGUAUGGAUACCAGCCACCCCGCACACCUCGUUUCACCAAUGAUCCAUACCCGUUGUUUGUGACAUGGAAGAUUGGAAGGGAUAAGAGACUGCGUGGCUGCAUAGGAACCUUUUCUGCCAUGAACUUGCAUUCUGGUCUCAGGGAGUACACGCUUACCAGUGCCCUUAAAGAUAGCCGUUUUCCUCCAAUGACGAGGGAUGAGCUGCCCCGGCUAUUCUGCUCAGUAUCUCUACUUACAAACUUUGAGGAUGUAUGUGAUUACUUGGACUGGGAAGUGGGUGUACAUGGCAUUAGAAUAGAAUUCAUCAAUGAAAAAGGAUCCAAACGAACCGCCACGUACUUACCGGAGGUUGCAAAGGAGCAAGGUUGGGACCACAUACAGACCAUAGAUUCCUUAUUGAGAAAAGGUGGAUAUAAAGCUGCAAUCAGUAAUGACUUCAGGAAAACGAUUAAACUGACCAGAUACCGUAGUGAGAAGAUUACUAUGAGUUAUGCCGAAUACCUUUCCCACCGUCAGCACCAUCAUUUUCAAAAUGGCAUCGGGCACCCUCUCCCACCGUACAACCAUUAUUCCUGACACUGAGCCGCAUGACCAGUCACUAGACCUUUCCGCAGAACUCUUCCCAGGGGACCCGGCUCCCUCUUGGUCUAGCUAUCUCUAUUACUGUACCAUUUUAUGAUGAUUGUUUCCGUUGUCCUGUUCCAGCUUUGCCUCUUGUGGUGACGCUAUUCAGGGCAACGGUUGGGAAGACUCUUUAAUAAGUACCCAGAACACAUUUUUAGUAGAAUUAUAUUGAGCUACUGAGGUUUUUUUUUUUUGCAGCAGCAUUUAUGCUUUUUCCGUUUGACAUGAUGCUAACGUUAUUUUGUAUGGCCUUUUCUAUAGUUGUGGAUGGAAGGAAAGCAUGCUUGACUAAUGGCGGCUCUGCGAUUGACACAUAAUUGAGAAGUCUCAGUCUGAGCUGCUGAGUGUCUUGUGCCCGUGAGAAGGUUGAGAGUUGCAGGCAAUAGCAUCAGAUACAUUGUACUGUAACAUUCUCUGACAGUCCUAGUGUCCAUGCAUGUCCUACAUUUGUCUCAUCACUAUGUCCCUUGGCAUUUCCACAGAUUUACCUACUUCAGCCAACAGUUUUUAUGUAGUCCUUAAAUGACUGGAUACCAGCUGCCAAUCUUGUGGGCAUGUAGUCCAGAUUUCAUGUGCACACGUAACCAAAACCAACUUAUAUAUCCAUUUACAGCUGAAGAUGUUAAGUCCCCAAAUGAAAUGUUACAUCUAUAUAUAGGGUGAAUAUUUUAACCACUACCUCAUGAUUAACUUGCAGUGUUAGCAUUUGUUUACAUUAAAUACUUGCUACCAAUGUUCUUUAGGUAGAGUGAUAUCUGCCUGGACCUCUGGUUUCCACCAUAUUCCAUGUGUUGUCCCUUAGCCCUCAUGGUCCUGUAGUACAUCAUCACCAAUGGAGCAAGUGGAGCUCCUGGCUGGAGCUUCACCUAAGUAUCCUCUGCUUGCCUAAAAGUGGCGGAAUGUUGGCUUCCGCUGCCACUUUACAUUUUCCCCAUCAGGCUUUCUUUGAUUUCGAUCUUUGUAAAUGCCAUUGGAUUGAUGAUACCCACCAAUAGGUCUAGGCAGUUCUACAAAUGCUACUGAACUUCUGGGGGCAGCUUUGGACAGUUGUCUGUUUUGUAUUUGUGAAGAACAUCAAUCUCUGUCAGAGCAAGGUAACUGAAGCCAAAGAUACCAUGGCUAGACGAUUACCUUCCAUUAAUUGUGUUUCAGUCUGUGUGUCACUGUUCCUGUGAGCAUGAUCCAUAAAUGAUUUGGUGGUGAAUGUCAGAUGAAUCCCCAGGGUAAGCCUAGUAUCAACCAUGGAGCAGUUAGGUUUCCAUUGUUCAGGUAAAGGUCACUUGGUUUCAUCCUCAAGUGCCAUUAUCCUUUUCAUAGCUUUACCGAUCUCUCAGGCAUGGAAAGGCCAACUUCUGUUUUUCAUUACCCAUGGUGCUAUUUAGUAGGUGUUUCAAUGCCAGAGCAUUUCAGGCCCCUUUGGGGUUGGGCAGGGGGCUGUUGCAGCUUAGGAAGGACAGUCACACACAUUUCAUUGAUGGAACACCACCUUUGCAUUGUGGAGUUGCUUGUUAUCCAUCAUUCAGGAAUCUCAGUGCUAGAAUGAAGUUCAUUGCAGUCACAUGCCGGCUUGCUGUUCAAGCCAUUGCAGCCUUAAAGGGCUCUUGGCACUUGUUUAGUUGCUAUUCUUAGAGCAGUAAAAUGGGGUUUGUUUGGUUUGUUCUUCUGUGCGGAUGCCUUAAUGAAACCUUUCAUUGCUAGAAUGGCUUGCGGUGGGGCCUAUAUAUCUGAGCAAGGUCUCAUUCUGUGCUACCAGCUCCCAGAUGCAUGUCGGCAGCCGUCACCCAAGCCCAGUGAGUGGCAAUCGAUGGCUUCACACCAGUGUGUUGUAUUGCAGCCAUCCUACAAAGUGAGCACAAGCAAAUUCACGCUUUCUGCUGCUGCUGCAAAAAAGACUUUUAUCAACACCAACACAAGGUUUUCAGCUUGCCCAGUUGUACUUGCUCGUCCGUCAGAACGAGCCUUUUAUUUCAAACUCUAUAUAUUUAAAGGUGCUAAUGAUUCUUGCACAAGGUCAUGUGACUGGUCAUGCCAACUCUAGAUCAUAUCAGAUUUUUACUAAUCCUCGAUAUAUGCAGAUGUUCUACAGAUGUUUCUUACCAGUGUAAUGCGAUACUGAGAAUUCAAUGCCAAUCCUGCAGGUUUUGAUAGCACAAGGUCAGCAAUACUUCCCAGCAUGGCAUAGGGGAGAAAACAAAAUACACAAAGGAUUGUCUGUGUGUCCUUUUGUAUCCAGCUUUGUGCAUAACAUUAUUUGUCUUCUAGCAGCUGUGACUUGACAAAAUAAUGUAGUCUAAAGGCUGUUAUACACGCACAAGAGGCGGCUCAGUUACCCCAGCCCAAAACUUGGGGGAUUCUGGGACACGUUCUAUACUUAUAAUGUGUCGGCUUUUAAGGGAUUAAUGUCUGAAUUCCUUCAUUGAUUUUAUUUUGGCAAUAAAAAGCAUUUUCUUUUAUUUCAUUUGUCCUGCUGCUUGUUGCUUCUUGGCACAGGCUCAAUAUUAACCAUUGACUCCCCUGAGCGCUUGGGAUUAGCCCAGUAUUCUGGCAGCUAAAAGGCUAAAGCGUGAAUUUGGAUUUUAUUUUUUCUCUUUGCUUUAUUUUUUUUAAAGUCCUUUGUUUUAUCUCACAUAAAAAGCAUUAACUAUUCUUUCCCUCCCUGUUUUAUUUAUUUAUUUGAUUUUUAACUGCAGAGCCGGGCAGAGCUUUUAUCCCAAUAAAGAACUAAGUCAACUUGCUGCGGAUUCCCAGGCUGUUUCAUUAGAACCUUGCUGCAGGGGGAUCUGCGUGUGUCUUACACUGUAUUCUUGUUCAUUUUUCCUUUAUACUGAAUAGGGUUCAGACAUUCAAUCCUUUUCAGCUGCUAUGCAGGCAGACACACAGUCACAACUUGCCUGGCAGUAGACUGAUACAAAGGGGAGUUCUCCUUAUUCUCUAUAUAGGCCAUCAUUAAAACCACUGGUCCAUUGCUCCCUACUGACCAGGCGGCAGAAUCCUCCUGAAUAACGCUGCCUAUAGUCAGGCACCUCUUGUGUGUAUAACAUCAUUCUUAGCACCCGUCUUCAAAUGUGCAGGUUUCUUUAAAUGAAAUAGAAGAACAAUCUGUCCAGAGAUAGAUUCCAUCUAUUGUAUAUGUUCGACCAAACCAAAGAAACCUCUGGCCAUACUCUUAAUGCUGCUCCUUAAAGCCUUCUCGUCCUAUCAAAGCUCCCUGCAGGAUUUCAAAGUAUUGAAAAAAAAAAAAAAAACUUUUUAAAUUUUUGUACAGUUUCUAAUGGAUUUUUUUCUAGUGAUGUUUAAUUGAAGUUUAUUCGGGGAGCCUGGAAACCGCAUCCUCCCAUAGAAAUAAACUUGAUGCUUACAUUUUUCUUUUCAUUCUCAUGACUUUUUUUGAAAAGGAACCCCGCCGUGUGCCUCUGAGACUUCAAGGGGUUCCGUGUUACAUUCAUUCUCAAGACCAGCAAUUAUUCUUUCUAUACAAUUUUUUUUUUUCUUCUUCUUUUUCUUUUCUUUUUUUAUUACUGUUCCAGACAGAGACUUAAAUAUUGAAGAAAAUCGAGAAAAAAAACAAAAACAAAUAUUGUGCUGGACCCAGUAACUAAGCUGGUUGCUAAACGCACUGAGAAAACAAACUUUUGUAUAAAACAUUAAAUGACUGUUUUUGUAUAUCAAAGUUGAUUUUUUUUUUUUCGGAAAGGAAACAAACAAAAAAAGACUUGGGAUCUAGUUUCUCAGUUAGUGUUUUUAUAUGUUACAGAAACUGCUUUGUAUCACCAGCCUGACUGCAAUGAAAUGGUGAUUUUGCCCCUCUUCGGACCUCCAGAUACCUGAAUUGCGGUGCCGAGCAUUGCAUUGUGGGUCUCUUCAGCAAAGAAGGGUGUUCUAUUAAAGAAGGGGAGCAACAGCUGCCUGGCGUGGCUGCCCUUCCCUCAUUUCUUUCUUAUUAACUUGAUGGAUUACAAUUAUUACAUUACAAAUAGCAUAACCUCUCCCCCCCUUCCUUUUCAUUAAUACUAGAUCCUUCCUUCCACAUAUAGUUUCUAUUAGUGUGAAGAAACUGUUAAAGAAAAAAAAAAAACGGGCAUUUUAUUAUGAUAGGUAAGGCGAAAAAAGGUUAAAAAAUGGAGAAAAGGCAAAAAAAAAUCUCUAGGAGGUUAUUUGUUUGUGAGAUAUGGCUGUGGAAAGAUAUUGUAGUAGUUUUAACACUAUUGUUACCUUUUAAAUUACCCAAUAAAAUAUAUGGAAAAUCGGA